CUGCUCCGUACCCUCCGCCCCCCCAGUCUGGGGCUCCGGGUAAAGUUUCAGCCUCCGCACGUGACUCGCCAUGGCCGCUGCCGUCGCCCCGCGCCCCUAAGCCGCGGCCCCCCGGACGGCUCCUCUCCGGGGACUCCACACCCCUGAUGCCGACUGGUACCAAGGCGCCGGGUUAGGGCAGACGCCGUGCCCGCGGGCAACCCCAAAGGGUUGCGUCCCCCGCUGCAAGCAUCACAGGACAUGGCCCCCCCAGCCGCCUAGCCGGGACCCAUCUAGGAGUGGCAUCCUUUUUGGUGCCCUGAAGGCCAGCUCUGGACCUUCCCGGGAAAGUGCCAGCUCACAGAACUGCUUGACCAAAGGACCAGCUCUUGAGACGUCCCCCAACCCACCUGGCCCCCCGCUAGGGUGGGGGCUCCAGGAGGCCAAGAUUAGCCUACCCUCCUUGGACAGCAGCUCCAGGACAGAAGGGGGGGUGGGCUGACCACCCAAACCCCCUCUGGGCCCAGGCCUCAUGCUCCGAGGAGGGGCGGCCUGAAGCCUGCCAGAGCCCCCUGCCAGACUGUCUGCCUGCCCUUCUGACUGCGGCUGCUUGGCAUGGCCAGCAACAGCAGCUCCUGCCCGACACCUGGGGGCGGGCACCUCAAUGGGUACCCAGUGCCCCCCUACGCCUUCUUCUUCCCCCCAAUGCUGGGUGGACUCUCCCCGCCAGGCGCUCUGACCACCCUCCAGCACCAGCUUCCAGUUAGUGGAUAUAGCACACCAUCCCCAGCCACCAUUGAGACCCAGAGCAGCAGCUCGGAAGAGAUAGUGCCCAGCCCACCCUCACCACCUCCCCUCCCCCGCAUCUACAAGCCUUGCUUUGUCUGUCAAGACAAAUCCUCAGGCUACCACUAUGGGGUCAGCGCCUGUGAGGGCUGCAAGGGCUUCUUCCGCCGCAGCAUCCAGAAGAACAUGGUGUACACGUGUCACCGGGACAAGAACUGCAUCAUCAACAAAGUGACCCGGAACCGCUGCCAGUACUGCCGGCUGCAGAAGUGCUUCGAAGUGGGCAUGUCCAAGGAGUCUGUGAGGAACGACCGAAACAAGAAGAAGAAGGAGGUGCCCAAGCCCGAGUGCUCUGAGAGCUACACGCUGACGCCGGAGGUGGGGGAGCUCAUCGAGAAAGUGCGCAAAGCGCACCAGGAGACCUUCCCUGCCCUCUGCCAGCUGGGCAAAUACACUACGAACAACAGCUCAGAACAACGUGUCUCUCUGGACAUUGACCUCUGGGACAAGUUCAGUGAACUCUCCACCAAGUGCAUCAUUAAGACUGUGGAGUUUGCCAAGCAACUGCCCGGCUUCACCACCCUCACCAUUGCCGACCAGAUCACCCUCCUCAAGGCUGCCUGCCUGGACAUCCUGAUCCUGCGGAUCUGCACGCGGUACACGCCCGAGCAGGAUACGAUGACCUUCUCGGAUGGGCUGACCCUGAACCGGACCCAGAUGCACAAUGCUGGCUUCGGCCCCCUCACCGACCUGGUCUUUGCCUUCGCCAACCAGCUGCUGCCCCUGGAGAUGGACGAUGCUGAGACUGGGCUGCUCAGCGCCAUCUGCCUCAUCUGUGGAGACCGGCAGGACCUGGAGCAGCCGGACAGGGUGGACAUGCUGCAGGAGCCGCUGCUUGAGGCGCUGAAGGUCUACGUGCGGAAACGGAGGCCCAGUCGCCCGCACAUGUUCCCCAAGAUGCUGAUGAAGAUCACAGACCUGCGAAGCAUCAGUGCUAAGGGGGCUGAGCGGGUGAUCACGCUGAAGAUGGAGAUCCCGGGCUCCAUGCCGCCUCUCAUCCAGGAAAUGCUGGAGAACUCAGAGGGCCUGGACACUCUGAGCGGACAGCCGGGAGGCGGGGGGCGGGAAGGGGGUGGCCUGGCCCCACCACCAGGCAGCUGUAGCCCCAGCCUCAGCCCAAGCUCCAACAGAAGCAGCCCGGCCACCCACUCCCCGUGACCGCCUGCGCCACAUGGACACAGCCCUCGCCCCACACCCCGGCUUUUCUCUGCCUUUCUACCGACCAUGCGACCCCCGCCAGCCCUGCCCCCGCCUGUCCUCCAAGACAGUACAGGGGGACCUUCCCUGGGGGAUGGGAGGGAGGAGGCAGCGACUCCCCGGACGGGCCUGGGCCCUCGAUGGACUGCCCGCUCCCGCAGCCUGGUCUGACGUCAGGGGCCGAGGCCGUGAACUGAGUGAGGGCCCCUGGUCCUGGGCCUCAGGGUGGGGCCUGGGGGCCUCGUGUUCGUCAAGGUACCCCUCUGCCCACCUCGCCACAUCUUCAUCACCAGCAAACGCCGGGACCUGGCUCCCUGUCCUCAGAACUCACAAGCCAUUGCUCCCCAGCUGGGGAACCUCAGCCUCCCCGCUGCCUUGGUUGGUGACAGAGGGGUGGGCUAGGGGUGGGGGUUCCCCUUGUACAUACCCUGCCGUACCAACCCCCAGGUA